AAACGGCCCCCUCGGCUUAUACUCGAGUCAACGUCUGCGGGAUGACAUGCCGUCCCUGUCAUCUGGACACACCCCCCCGGGAUCAAUCCUCGCCGGUGAUUGGCCGCCGGAACUGUAGCUCAGGAGAGGCACACAGGCGCCCAAUCACCGGCGAGGAGGUGGAGCUUGGAGAGGAGGAGCCGAGCGGCACCGCGAAGAUCGAGCGAGUGAAGAGAGGAGAGCGGCCGGAGAAGGAAGACAUCUGACCCGGGAGGGAGUGAGCGAGCCCAGGCUGGAGCAGGGGUCAGCAAGGUAAGUAUCAU